AUGUUUCGUAGAAAGCACUCUCAGAAUCAUCAGGAGAAUGGCCUUGCAGAACAAGAAGCAAAGGUCAGUGAAUUCAGGGCUGCUCUUGGACCUCUUUCUGGUCGAAGUUUGAAGUACUGCACUGAUGCAUGCCUGAGGAGAUAUUUAAUUGCGAGAAACUGGAAUGUUGACAAGGCAAAGAAAAUGUUGGAAGAGACACUCAAGUGGAGAGCAACUUAUAAGCCUGAAGAAAUCCGCUGGCAUGAAGUAGCUCAUGAAGGAGAGACGGGUAAAGUCUCCAGAGCAGAUUUUCAUGAUCGAUCUGGGAGGACUGUGCUCAUAAUGAGACCAGGAAUGCAGAACACAACAUGUGCAGAAGACAAUAUCCGCCAUUUGGUUUAUCUUAUAGAGAAUGGUAUUCUUAACCUUUCUGAGGGUCAAGAACAAAUGUCAUGGUUGAUAGACUUCACUGGAUGGGGUUUGAGCGUCAAGGUCCCCAUCAAAACUGCACGUGAAUGCAUAAACAUCUUACAGAACCACUACCCCGAAAGACUUGCUGUUGCUUUUCUUUAUAAUCCACCUAGAAUUUUUGAAGCAUUUUGGAAGAUUGUCAAGUACUUUCUAGAUCCAAUGACUUUCCAGAAGGUGAAGUUUGUUUACCCAAACAAAGAAGAUAGCAUGGAGCUCAUGAAGUCUUUCUUUGAUGUCGACAACCUCCCAAGAGAGUUCGGGGGAAAAGCCUCACUGAAGUAUGACCAUGAUGAGUUCUCACGACUAAUGGCCCAGGAUGAUGGAAAAACAGCCAAGUUCUGGGGAUUAGAUGAAAAGCCAAGCCACAUUGCUAACGGUCAUUCACCGGCUCAGGUGGCACCAGAGCCAACACCUCUUGCACCCCCAGCUAGCUAA